AUGUACGGCCACCGGCUGGUGCACGUCGCUGCCGUCGAGGGCCAGGCUGCAGAGCUGCCGUGUGAUGUCAGUGCUCCGGUGGUCGGGGACGCGGUGCGGCUCGUCCUCUGGUACUACGGCACCGAGGGAACCAUCUACACGUACGACGCGCGCGGUCGCAGCGGCGGCGCGUCCGGCUCCCACUGGGCGAGCGGGGCGCUGGGCGGAGACCGCCUGCAUUUUCAUGUGGACGGGACCACAGCCAGCCUACGGAUCAGCGCCGUCAGUCGAGCCGACGGCGGCGUCUACCGGUGCCGCGUGGAUUUCGUCGAGUCGCCCACGCAAAACUCGCGCGUCAACCUUAGCGUCAUCGUUCCCCCUCAGCGACUAGAGGUGCUGGACAGCUCGGAUAACCGUCUCAAGGAGGACACCAUCGGACCACAUCGGCUGGGCAGCUCCGUCAACAUCACGUGCGCCGCCUUCGACGGCUCACCCCCUCCGAACGUCACGUGGUGGCGGGGCGGUACCCGGCUGGGCGGCCCGACCCACUCUGCCUCGGACGGCUCCGUGCGCUCUCCCCUCCGGCUGGGACCUCUCAGUCGCGCCGACCACGGCGCCAGGCUCACCUGCAUGGCCGCCUUCCACCCGUUCAGCUCGGCACUGACGACAUCGGCCGUCAUCAGACUGUUCCUGCCCCCAGAAAGCGCCACCAUCCACGGGCCGGCCGGGGGUCGGGUGGUGGCCGGUCAGCCGGUGACCUUGACCUGUCAGGUGACGGGGUCCGAGCCGGCGCCCGUCAUCAGCUGGCGGCUGGGCUCGCAGCCGGCGCCCGGCGCCCGCCAGCAGCCCAGUGCUGACGGCAACGGUACCGUCUCUGAGCUGACCUUCACCCCCGAGGUGUUCGACCAGGGCCGACCCGUCACCUGCAGCGCCGCCAACCCGUCCGCCGGCGGGCCGCCAGUAGAGGACAUUCUACCCCUGCACGUGCAGUACCCACCGUCCGUGUCGCUGACGCUGCGGCCCGAGCGGCCCCUCCGGGAGGGACAGACAGCGCGUCUCUUCUGCAGUGUGCGGGCUGAGCCGGCCGUCACACAGGUCCGAUGGAAACACGAGGGCCUCUGGCUGCCCGAGCUGUCCCCGGGGAGCGCAGAGACAGCGCUGAACGGCAGCAGCGAACUGACACUGGCCAAUGUGCGGGCCAACGUCUCGGGAAACUACACCUGCCAGGCCACCAGCCCCCUGGGAACCGUCCAGAGCCAGCCCGUCACGCUGCGAGUCCAAUACGUGCCGAUGUGUGUAUCGGACACUCCUACAGUCCUGGAGGCAGCCCGGGGUGACAGUCUUAAUGUCAGCUGUCACGUCGCCUCCUUCCCCAAACCCCUGCGCUUCCGAUGGAGCUUCAACAGUUCAGACGCGCUGAUACCACAGCGGGAGUUUAGUAGCAGCCUGGUGAACGGUAGCACCCUCAGCUAUACACCUCAGCUGCCGUCAGAGUUCGGCACGCUACUCUGCUGGGCGACCAAUGAGCUCGGGGAGCAGCGCGCGCCCUGCGCCUACCUCGUCCAGCCGGCAGACGUUCCCGACCCUCCGUCGGACUGUGUCAUCAUCAGUCGAACCGAGACCGCUCUGGUGGUCCGCUGCCAGCCGGGAUUUGACGGCGGAUCGAGGCAGAUGUUCAGGAUGGAGGUGUGCGGGACCAGCGGCGGUCACCAAAGGAAUGUGACCUCAGCCAGCGCCAGACUGCGAGCGAGUGGCCUCGAGCCCGGCCAGCAAUACCACCUCUCCGUGUACGCCGUCAACAGACACGGUAGCAGUGCGGCUGCCACCCUCGUGGCCAGCACGGCGGCAGACGAACGGGACGCCCAACAGCACCACGGGUCUGUGUCCGAGCUGCUGCAGCUGACGCCGAUCCUGGGCGUGCUGAUUGGCCUCGUCACCGCACUGGUGCUCACCGCCGCCAUUCUGGUGGGCACGCGUCGCUGCCGCGCCCGGCCGGCCGCUAAGGAAAACCCUCAGGAAGUGUCUCAUGUGCAAUUGGUGAACAACCUCAGUGAUCUGGGAAGUAUGGAAGAAAAACAUGAUCCCGACCUGAUACCACAAAAGACAGAAUGCAUCGACCCAGAAGAGAAGCACAUGAUUGAGCGGCUACGCAACAGUCGUUUUCCUCCGCCACCUGCGCGCUUCGGAGACAGCUCUACCCUGUCUCCUAGUGAGACACGUCUCCUGUCACCUAGUGAGACACAUCUCUUGUCUCCCAGUGAGACGGGACUGCUGUCUCCGACCUCGAGGACACUCCCACGUCCCGAGCGCGUGUCAUCUUGUGGAACUCAGACAGCCCCACUCAGCCCGCGAGGGGGUCACAAGAGCACGACGCUGCAGCUGAUGCGCCCCUCUCGGCGGAGGAGCUCGUCAUCUCUCCAGCAGGUGCCAUCAGUAAGUGGUGGUCACCUGCUCACAAAGUUCUAACGCUCAAAACGAUCACUUCAUGAUGUCGCUGCAGCUCGUGGCUACCGUGGCUACCGUUUUUGUGUGGACAAAAAGCCUGAACACGAAGCUACGACGAAGUGCAGUGACCAAUGGGGUGUUUGUUCCUGAACUGUUCAAUGAAACUAUUGACAUAUUUGUGACAUUUAUUGAUGUUUAUAAAAGUGUGAUCCUGAAGCGAAUUGUGCAAAUGUGACAUGACAUUCGCGUUGAACUUCGUGAUCUCCUUGACUGUCAGCACAGGUAUUUAGGUGUGAUGGACCAAUGAUUCAGGAUUGUUAAUGUUGUUUAUCUCACUUAUCAGUUAUCACGCUAUCCAUGCUACGUGUAGUGCUUGCGGCUUGCUAGCAUUCCAUGCAACAUGUAAAUACCUACAUUAAAAAGCUGUUUAUGUAAAUAUAUUUGCGAGCCUGCACAGAAUAAGCACCUCUAAAAUAUACACCCCUAUGUGAUGUGAAAUGUUAUUUGUUGUUUCUCACAAAUCUAGUCUCUCCAAAUGAGUUUGUAUAGCUAUUCAUCGCUGUUCAUAAUCGCUCAUCACCAAUCAAUAAUUACUUAUACAAGAAAUGCUUUUAAAAUGCGGUUGAGUGGUAUGAUGGGAGUAAUGUAACAUUGUAUUUUAAAUAGGCUGCCUGCGACACAAACUGGCAGAAUGUUGAAUGUCAAACCUGUUGAACAAGCGUCCCUACAAAUUGGAGUGGAAGCUGAUGAUAAACGACAAACCAGAUUACGACACGAGACAUGUUUGCCUAACAUGACUACCUAGCGACUACCAUGCCUGAUGUUCUGAAUGCGACCAGCUACAGCCGGCUGAGGUCCCCAUACAAAACACCUAUAGGAGCUAAAUGAGGACAUUGGUAGAUCACUUUUCUUUCAUCAACGGUGAUUUGUCUCAUAAAGCGAACAUUGUUUAUGCAUGUGCAACUAAUAGAGCGAUCAUCCU